GACAGUUGCUAACAUUGACGAAUAACGAGAAAUAAGUUUUUUAUGUUCGUACAAUUUCGCGAAUUCUUUUAUUUAACCUUAUCAGACAGAAUGUUUGUGAUUCAUUAAGAAAUUAUGGAAUAUUCGCGGAGAUAAUUAAAAAAGUAUAGAAAUAGUUCCUUAGUUUCUAGUCAGAAAUGUUACUAUUUUCCUCAUACUAUGACCUAGAGCUAUUAUAUAGUUUAUAUUUGAAAUUUUGGGCUGAAACUCUAUUAUACUUUAGAAACUUUACAUUGUACAUAAGUUUGUGGUUCUUCUGUUAUAUAUUAGUGUGUUGUGUAGUAUAUCGGCGAUACGCAAGGCGGCUACCAACACGGACUCGUGGGUCACUUAGAGCUAAAAGAGUUUUGGUAGUUGUGGCCCAUCCUGAUGACGAGUGCAUGUUUUUUGGUCCCACAAUAUUUAGGCUUUGUGAACAAGGGGCUGACGUGCACUUACUUUGCUUAUCAAAUGGUAAUUUUGAGGGCAAAGGCCACAUUAGGCGCCAAGAGUUGUGGGAUGCCUGUGAAGAACUGGGAAUCCCAGAUAAAAACAUUUGUCUUAUAAAUGAUACUCGGCUAAGGGACAACCCUAAAAUAAACUGGCCGGUGCCAGUGGUUGCUAAACUUAUACAACGCCAAUUAGAAAUGUUAGAUGUUGAUACUUUAGUUACAUUUGACCGUGGAGGAGUGUCAUCACAUGUCAAUCAUUCUGCAGUGUUUUAUGCUGUAGCAUAUAUGUUUGUUGAAAAAAUAAUGCCUACAAGGUGCACAGUAUAUACUUUAGACUCAGUCAAUAUACUUAGAAAAUAUUUGGGUUUCUUUGAUCUACCACUUAGCUUUGUACUGUCUUCCAAAAGAUACUUCCUCCGCUGGACUGAGAGCCGGCGCGUGGUCCGCGCGAUGAAGCGGCACAAGUCUCAGAUGGUGUGGUUCCGACAUCUCUACGUGUGCUUCUCCCGCUACAUGGUCAUCAACACGCUGCGGCGGAUAAGUUUAACUGACAUAGAACUGGAACUUGAGGUCGAUGACUGAGUCUGAAAUAUCAGCCACAUUGAAAAAAUGUUUCAAAUUCUCUGACUGAGUACAAAAAUUAUUGUGUUUUAUUUUAUAAAUGAUGAAUAAGAAUAUUGAGAAUCAUUUUCACACUUUUGUUUAUGGAUAAUUGUGAAGAGCCCAAUACUUUCAAUACUUUAUGCCAUUUUAAAUUCAAAUUUGAAAUGGUGGUGGUCUAGCUGUUACGACCUGAGAUCCCAAGUUCAAUUUAUGGUGCCGCACGCGUGAAUUUGUAUACCAAUCUGACUCAUAUUGUAGUUUUCAUCAUAGACUUGCUUUUAGUGAAGGAAAACAUCACAAUCACUAAUGUGUACAAGACUAUUGUCAUUAGAAUGGCGGUAUUCAUCUAAGGUAUUAUGUCAUAUAAGUCAUGUCGGAUGCCUUCAAAUCUCAUUCAAGUCGCCAGAGUUGAAUAAAAUUUAAUACCAGUUUCAGCAAUAAAACACUUGAUAGAAAAGACGAAUCCAAUUUUUUUUGCUAUAAUCAUGUGUGUUUUGUAUUUAAACCUUCCAAAUAUUUGCAAUAAAGGUUAGGAUGUGACUGCUUAUGUUUAUAUUUAUUUAGAAGGUUAAUAAGUUUAUAGUUGCCAUUUAGGUACAAUAUUUUAAAAGUAAUCUUACUUAACUAAUAAGAUUGGCUAGUCUUAGGGUGAUGUUGAAUGUUCAAAUAAGUGUACCUUUCAAAAUAAUUCAGUAAAAGUCUGUUUAGUAAAGUUGGACAUAAUAUCUAAAUCCACGGACCCAUCAUAUACAUCUACAUAUGUAAUAGAAUAGCAAUUAUGUCUAUGUAUGGUGUUUGUUGUUGAACGUCCCGAUGAAUGAACAAGGAUGAUAAGUCUUCGAUCGUAUAUGGUUACGAAAACCGCAUACCUGCGCAUUUCUAUUCAGUAACUUUUAUGUAAUAUAAUAUCAACACGUUUGAGAUUGUCGUACAACAUAGGUACUUAAAUUAUUCAUAUAUACUGAUUACUAUUGAUUUUUGUCAAGCCUUUGGAGUACAUAUUAUGUAUAGUACGUGGAUAAAACUUGUAAAUACUUACGCUGAACCAAUACCCAACAUUGGCAGGCUUCCCAGAAAAAAUAUUUAUCUUUCUACUGCAAUGCAACACACGCCAUUGUGUUAUUUUAUAAAAAAAAAAUUUAAAAUAUCGCACCUUUCCCUUCUUUUGUUUGGGUGUUAUAAAACUUGCUAGUAUAGGUUCCAUUAAUUUCGGGGCCCUGUAUUGUGUAUAAGUAUUUAUAUUUGAAAAGUUGUGACGUAAUAAAAGUAUUAAAUUUAAAUAUGUUUUAAAAUUUAAAGAUAUUGCUUCCUUCUUGUAUAUAAAUUAUUUUAUUAUUGUAUGCAAAUGUUGAUAUACUACAAAAAUGACUAAAAAGUACAGGAACAAUAGGAAAUGGAAUUAAUUUUAUUUAGAUUAGCACAACAUUUGGAAAUGUAUUUUACCUGUGAUAUGUUUUUACGCUUCCAAAAGUUUUGGACUUUGUACAAUUGGUGCAUUAUCUAUAAUCACCUGUCGAUUACUAUAAUCUUUUUAUAGCUGGCUUGUGUUAUUCAUUUCUGAAAUGAAUAUUGUUAUUUUAUUACACUGCAAUAUAUGACCAACUAAGAAUUA